AUGAAGUGUGUGUUAGUUCUGUUGGCUGGCAUUGUUGCCGCCUGCGCGGUUAAUCUACCAGGAGUGCCAAUUGACUUCGACCUAAGCGAUAAGGUGUUGUCAGCCAUUGCGGACGAUGUGGCCGAGCGCUUUGAGCAGGAAUACUACACAUACCUGAAAACAGGCGUAGAAACUCCAGCAUUUAAAACGCUUACAGCUCAGCUGGCAAAAUCACACAGCAAAAAGGAUAUUUUCACAAAAGAGUUGACUGAGUUGGAUACUCGUGAUAGUUUCUUUGUGUGCACGCUUUGUCGCUCUGUGGUAAAUGUGUUUGCCAGAACGAUACGCGAGGAAGAUGGUGAACUGCAUGGCGAGAAUAGCGCCAAAGUAAUGAAGUCCAUUGCCAUGGAUGUGUGUCGUCGUCUGGAGCUGCAGACUGAAGAAGUGUGCGAAGGACUUAUUGAUGCCGAGCUGCCAACAGUGGAAUAUAUCAUGCGCAACUCGGAAAUCGAUUCGCAAAGCUUCUGCUCGCUCUUUCUGGCGUUCAACUUCUGCAACACUGGCAAGAAUCCUGCAUACAACUGGACACUAAAAGUUGACGAUAAAGCAAUUGAUGGGCCCAAGUCAGACACUCCAAAGCGCAGUGAUGCAGAUUUGAAGAUCUGCCAGUUCUCUGAUAUUCAUCACGAUCCUCUCUACGAGCCUGGCAGUCUGGCUAACUGUGUGGAGCCAAUGUGUUGCCAGAGACAAAAGAGUACAGUGCAGGGCACAAGUGACGCUGCUGGACAUUGGGGUGACUACCGCGACUGCGACUUGCCUUGGCACACCUUCGAGUCGGCGCUGAAUCACGCAGCGGCCACUGAAGAGUGCGACUAUAUCUAUCAGACUGGUGAUGUUGUUGAUCACAUGGUCUGGGCAACAUCGGUGGAGAAGAAUACUGGAGUGCUUAGCAAGGUUGCCAAUCAAUUCACCAAAGUGUUUCAAAGGCCACAUCCACUUAAUAACUUCAGUCCCGAGGAUGUGCCCACUGAAAUCAAUACCAAGUGGCUAUACGAGCACUUAUAUAACGACUGGUCCAAGUGGCUGCCAAAGGAAACCAAGGAGACCAUUUUGAAGGGUGGCUACUACACAGUCUCGCCUAAAAAGGGCUUCCGAAUUAUUUCCUUGAACAGCAACGACUGCUACACGGACAACUACUGGUUAUAUCAUAAUGGCAACAACAAGAUACCACAGCUGCAAUGGUUCCACGACACGUUGCUGGCUGCAGAGAAGGCGGGUGAGCAUGUGCAUGUCCUGACCCAUAUUCCUUCGGGCGAUGGCACCUGCUGGUCUGUCUGGGCGCGAGAAUAUAAUCGCUGCAUUAGCCGCUUCCACAAGACUAUUACUGGCAUCUUCAAUGGUCAUUCGCAUAAGGACGAGCUUAAUGUAUUCUAUUCCGAGGAGGGGCACGCAACGGCUGUGGCCUGGAACGGCGGCUCUGUGACCACAUACAGCUACAAGAAUCCCAAUUAUAGAGUAUACGAUGUCAAUAAGGAUGAUUCAACGGUCACCAACCAUCGUACAUAUACUUUUGAUUUAAACGCAGCGAAUAAGCAGCCGGAAAAGCAGCCAAACUGGUAUUUGGAGUAUGAGUUCAAUAAGGAAUUCACUGAGGACACCAGCCCAGCGGGCAUUGAUAAGCUGCUGGACAAGUUGUCUGAGAAUCCAGAGCUAAUGCGCAAAUACUGGCGCUAUAGAGUCACCUCAGCGGAGCCACAAGUGACAGCUGGCUGUGAUCGUUACUGUCUGGCAUCCGUGUUGUGUCGCGCCGCCAUUACAGUAAACACCCAUCGUGAACGCUGCGAAGAGCUGAAGAAGAAACUUUUCAUUGCUCUCGACAAAGAGGAGGCAAGUAAGGAUGAUGGCGCUGCCACGAUGAGCAUUGUAAGCUUCACCUCGCUCUUGGCCUUGGUACUCGCUCUUAGAUUUGGCUUUUAGGCAGCCCUAGUUUAUAAGCAACAAAUAUUCAUUAGUUAUACAAUCGCAAAUUCCAUUUCAAGUGCAAAAUCCAAAAUAAAUUCAUAUCAACAUCCAACAUUAUAUACCGUACAUGUUGCUGCUAAUCGUGUUUAUUAAUCUGCCCAUAUCGUUAGUACUUGGGGGCAGUGCAUAUCGAUAAAGGUUAAUAGUUUUUUUUUUUUUUAAACAAUAGCUUAUCUGCCUAAUGUGAACAGCGUAUUAAGCCAAAUUAGUUAAUAAAACCAUCAAAUUUAUAGCUGCGCAUUGUAUAUCAAGAGUGUUUGCUAUUAAAAGCAGCUACUUAUAUU